UCCCAGCCUCCUCCAGCUAUCCCAACCUGCUCCCAGCCUCCUCCAGCCUCCUCCAGCCAUCUCCAGCCUCCUCCAGCCAUCUCCCAGCCAUCUCCUCCCAGCUAUCUCCUGCUUCCCUCCAGCCAUCCCACCCUUCCCAGCCCACCUGCCCCUCCUGCAGGUACAGCUCAGCCUCCUUGUCAUCUCUCUCCUUCUGCCCUCCACCACCACCACCUCCUCCUGCAGAGCAGCCAAGCUCUCCUCCACCACACCUCCCACCUCUCUUUCCUUCCCUUCAUCCCUCACUCUUCUCCGCUCGCUGAACCACUGCUACGAAUACAGGUCCCGGGAUUCUCGAGCUGUGCCCAGCUGACCAGCUUUUCAAGAUGGCACAAUAACAGUCCAGUGAUGCCUGACCAUGACAGCACAGUCCUGUUAACCAGACACACGAAGAGACGAAGAGUCGAUAUCGGAGUGAAGAGAACUGUAGGGACCUCCACGGUGUUUACUAAAGCGCGAGUGAACCUAUUCAGUGCCAUGAAUCCCCACGGCUCAGAUCAGGACGUCGAGUGCUCAGUGGUCCAGCAUACAGAUGGGGACAAAUCAAACGUGCUCCGCAAGCUGUUGAAGAGGGCGAACUCGUACGAAGACGCUAUGAUGCCUUUCCCCGGAGCGACGAUCAUCUCCCAGUUGCUGAAGAGCAACGCGAACAAGAAUGGUAGCACGGAGCUCAAUCUGCAAGCCGGGCCGCUCUCCAGCACGGGCUCCGAAGCGAACCAGGAGGACGCCUGCAGCAACUCUUCGAGGGAGAGUCCCCAGGAUCGCAUCUCGCCCUUCAGCAGGCCGAGCAUGAGCCAGUUUGACGUGGAUCGGCUCUGCGACGAGCACCUGCGAGCCAAGCGCGCCCGAGUGGAGAACAUAAUCCGGGGCAUGAGCCACUCGCCGAACGUGGCCAUCCGGGGCGGGGAGAAUGAUCGGGAGGGAGGGCAGCAGCCCGUGAGUCCUAGGGACAGCUACAGGGAAAACAAGCGGAAGCAGAAGCUGCCCCAGCAGCAACAACAGAGCUUUCAGCAAUUGGCCACGGCCCGGAAGGAACAAAAGCGCGAGGAACGCCGCCAGCUGAAGCAACAACUGGAAGACAUGCAGAAGCAGCUGCGUCAGCUUCAGGAGAAGUUCUACCAAAUCUACGACAGCACCGACUCCGAGAACGAUGAAGACGGCAACAUGUCCGAAGACAGCAUGCAAUCGGAAACCAAUGACACGAGGGCACAAGACAGGUCUGACAACGAGAUGUCUGACCUGGAUCCAGGACACUUCCUCGAUCGGGCUCGCGCUCUUAUCAGGGAGCAGGAAAUGGCGGCGGAAAAUGAAAAGUUAAAGCGAGGUGGCCACCUGAGGAGAGGCCAGGGCCUGAGCUCCUUGCACGGUGAAGGGAAACAGCUGGCAGAGACUCUCAAGCAUGAACUUCAUUCCACUAUGUCACAAGUAGUGGACUCGGUUGUCAAAAUGUUUGCUAAAUCAUCCCACCACCAGCUUCCUCAGGUCUUCCCACCCAUCCAGAUUCCUCAAGCGAGGUUUGCCGUCAAUGGAGAGAACCACAACUUCCACACCACUAAUCAGCGGCUCCAGUGCUUCAGUGACGUCAUCAUUUCCAACCCCUUGGACGCUUUUGGCAACAUGCACGUCUCCAACUCUUCAGAUCAGACGGAAGCACUUCCUCUCGUGGUCCGCAAAAACUCGGCAGAGCAAUCUGCCUCCACCCCUUCCAUGGGAGGUCACCACAGUUCUCUCCAUCAGUCGCCACUCUCAGCUACAGCAGGGUUCUCAUCCCCUGCCUUCCGCCACCCUCUGCCCUUGCCCCUUAUGGCCUAUUCGUUUCAGAGCUCUCUAGGUAACGCCUCCAACACAGUGUCUGGGAAAGACAGGUCAUCUCCCGAGUCCUUAGACUUGACCAGGGAAACAGCCAGUCUGCGGACCAAAGUGUCGUCUCACCACAUGAAUCAUCGUCCGUGCUCACCAAUGCACCCUCCCAGCACAACUGAAGGUCUCUCUCUGUCUCUCAUUAAAUCGGAGUGCGGUGACUUGCAGGACAUGGCAGAGAUUUCAUCCUAUUCUGGAAGUACGAUCCAGGAAGGUCUGUCGCCCACUCACCUGAAAAAGGCCAAACUAAUGUUCUUCUACACCCGGUACCCUAGUUCCAACAUGCUGAAGAUGUUCUUCUCCGAUGUGAAGUUUAAUAGAUGCAUCACCUCGCAGCUUAUCAAGUGGUUCAGCAAUUUCCGAGAAUUUUACUACAUCCAGAUGGAGAAGUUUGCCCGUCAGUCCAUUAACGAUGGAGUAACAAGCACAGAGGAGCUGACUGUCUCUCGCGAUUCGGAGCUCUACCGAGCCUUGAACAUGCACUACAACAAAGCAAACGAUUUUGAGCAGGUUCCGGAGAGGUUCUUGGAAGUGGCUCAGAUCACAUUACGGGAGUUUUUCAAUGCCAUUGUUGCAGGCAAAGACGUUGAUCCUUCCUGGAAGAAGGCCAUCUACAAGGUCAUUUGCAAGCUGGACAGCGAAGUCCCAGACGUUUUCAAAUCUCCAAACUGCCUGCAAGAGCUACUACACGAGUAAAGAUGCCCAGAAGCAUCUGAAUGUAUCAGAUACAGUAUAGCAUACACCCCCCCCCCUCCUCUGUUUUGAUGCCCCCAAAAUUGUGUAUUAUUGCUUUCUUAGCUCUGCUCACUUUUCCCCAACGUUUUACCCAUUCACGUUUUGACCUCGUGUCUCCUCCACUUCUCACAAAAGGAUUAUUCGCCACAUUCUUGAACCCGCUAACACUGAUCCCCGAACCCUUCUGUUUUUAGAAAGUUAGUUUUUUUUAUUUGAUUUCCAGAAGAAGGUGUGAAAGUCUACGGUUAAUUCUUUUUACCCCAAGGUAGCACAUUACACUUAUAGUAAUCUGUCAGAUGAGAGGAUUUAUUAAUGAUUACUUGUGGCAAGUGGCAAAUAGCUAUGACAUCAUUUGGACAAUAAAAUAGAUGUCAUGGGAUACACUACACACUGGGAGAUUUAGGUUUAGCUAUAUUGUUAUUAGAUGUGUGUAAGACUGCCAUUGUUUGGGAUUUUAGACUUGUUUCCAGUUGAUCUUUGCCCCAAGACAAGAACUAAUAAUAUUAUAGUCAGACUCACAUACAGUGUCCAUUUUUCUUUCCCUCUGCAUAACCAACAGCUGCGGGUGAUGGUGUCCCGUAGCUGCACUCACUCACGUUGCGCUGACCCUGAUCUUACCGACCGGCGAUUACUUUCCUACUGAGAUGGCCGUUUUCCUGCUAAGAAAUGACUACUUUUUUCCACUAGAAAUGACCACGCUGAGAACAGCCCUCCCUGGCUUAGACCAAGUCCCCUCUCCUGCACUGGGGAUGGGGGGGUUUGUGGGUGGCCGGAUUCCUAUGCACUUCCGAUGAUUCCAAAUGGAUCCUUUGUUACAAAGAUUCAUAGCCGGUCAGACCACCAGAAACGCUCGUCUCCAGGGAAUAGAUACCAUCAUUCUCACUUUCUUAGAAUUCAUUUUACAAACUAAUACACAACUCUUAAAUAUUUAUACUCCGAGAGAGAGAUUACCCAGUUAGCCUGGUAUCUGUUAGCACCAGUUAAUGGAGCAUUAAAUCUACAGCUAAGAUAUAGUUUUUGGAGACAUUAUGGAGCUCCAUUAAUAUCACUGUUUAUUUAUUGGAACCGUGUUUUCAGUGUUUGAGUACACUGUAAACUGACAGAUUUUCAAGCCUCAAUGUUUACAAUUGAAUAGUACUCUCUUGCCCAUGCUCUGACUUUAUUGGGAGCUGAGACAUGCUUGUCGAUCAUUACUUAAGAGUAAUGUUAAUACAACCGUUGUAUCUCUCAGCAAACACUGAAGGGGGAAAAAAAAACUUGAAAAUUGAGUUGAUGAAAAUGUGUCCGUUUACCACUGUUGAAACCAUGAAAAAGACAUUGGAUUGUCAUUACUCAAGUUCGAGGGAGUCGGUUCAGGUUAAAAGAAAAGAAAAACUCGAAUGCAAAAAAAAAUGCACUUUAAAGUGCAAAAUGUGGUGACAUACUGCUGAGUGCAUUAUUAUAAUUAGAAUAUACAUACUUUGUGAAAUGGCUACUUGUAUAUAGUGUGCAAAUGUUAUAUUGAGACAGAAAGUUGCAUGUGCUUAGACAUGGCAAUACUGUGGGAAUUGGUUUGAAACUAAAUUGCUGAAACUGUGAAUCUGACGUUGGUUGGGUUUAAUCAGAUUUCCGCUCAAUUGAAAUUACGGUAUGUGGAGGUUUUUUUUGCAUUCUGAUUUAAGUUGCUUGCAACUAAAAUAUGUCUCGAUUUGAUGCAAUGGAAAGAGACGUGUCUGGGGAGGGAGGACCCAACAUUUCACCACUUUCCGCCUUUCCCUCCUCCUCUCAUCCCCAUUCUCCCUUCCGAGCAGUUUAUAUUGUGUGUUGACACUGACUGUUGAAAGCCCCUUGAGUCACUAGCUAAAAAAGAACAUUCUGAAAUAUUUACAUUCUGAAAUAUAUAAUAUAUAUAUUUUAUAUAUAUAUAUA